GCCCUGGAAACCUCACUCCGCUGAGAACUCAUCUCUCUUAAUUUCGUUCUUUUUUCUCGUUGAUAGCGAUUUCUCUGCGUCAAAAUUUCACCGGGGUGAAAGUGCAUCAGUUGUGAUUGUGUUCUUCUUGUGCAGUACUUUGCAGAGGAAUGCAAGCUUCAAAGACUAAAAACAGAAGAAAAGCAGAACCAUUCUACUGGCUGUCAGUGGCAAAGCCUAGGACCAGUUCUGAGAUUGUAAAUGAAGCCAGAGAUGCUCUAAAAACAGUAAAAACUCCAAGACCAUUCACACCUACAGAUGAGCAAAGGAAACUUUCUGGGUCUCAAUCCUCACGCUGUCCUCAAAAUAGACGCCCUGUACUUUUUAGUUCUGAUUCAUCUGAAUCAAGAUCAAAUUCUGGUGUUCGUCUAAGUCCACUGACUCAUAAACCAGUAGUAAUAAUUUCUGAAAAAAAAGAUGAAGUUUCUUCUGUUUUCCAUCCAACACCUCCUGCUGAUACUGCAGAGCUUAGAAAAGUCAGCAAAGCUUGCAAAGGCUUAUUUAGAGCAACUUCUCUGAAAGAUUUAUUUUCUGCUAAGGUGGUUCCUCUGGAUCAGAAUGAAAUGAAACUUGAUUUUGAAGAGCCAACGAUGAUGAUGAAUAGUCUUGACAGAAGUAAUAAUAACUGCUUAGCAGAACAAAAGUCGUACACAUCAUUUAAUGAUGAGAGUAGACAAUUAAUUUGUAAUGAACAUACCAGCAGAUCAGGAAGUGAAGUCUCCAUGGAAGGGACACCAGGAAACUUUUCACUUCAGCUGCAAGGAGAAAGUGAUCAGAUAGAAGAGCCUGGCAAAAAGUCAUCACAGCUGAAGACUUCAGGCCAGAAGAGAAGAGUAACAGACUUAAAGGAUGAAACAAGAAUAAAUGAAUGGGAAGAGGAAGAUUUCUUUUGGCAUACAAGGAUUCUACCAAUUCUACGUGAACUGGAAAAAAGAGAAGACAAUAUAGAACACCUUUGUCUAGCUUGUACCAAGCUCCAUCAGGCAUUGGGUGAUGGAAAUAUGCUUGGAAAGAGAUUUAAAAGAAGAAACAUCCUUCUGAAGACGUUAUAUAAACUUGUAGACAUUGAUUCAGAUCCACUUUCCCUGAAGCUGGCAAAGAUUUUUCUGGCUAUGAAAGUAGAUGAAAAAAAUCUUGUUAGUAUUUGCAAGCUAGCAAUUAAAAUUUGUAGGAAUGAAAACAAUUAUUUCAUCAGUCAAAAUGAUACAUUGUUGGAUUAUUUGUUGCAGGUUCUGUGUAAUGCAGAUCUACAAAAAAACCAUGAAGCUCUCAUCUAUUGCAUGGCAGCUCUAAAAGUCAUGUCUGAAAAGGAAGCACUCCGUUUAAAAAUGGUCAGCAAAGGAGCUAUUGAAAUGUUUCUGGAAUUAAUGAAGCAGAUUAAUAACAUAAAAGAACAUGACACAUAUUUCUCCAAGCUGGGCCUCUUAUUAGUCCAGCUGACGGCCACUCUGCGCAUCCUGGCCAGCUGCGCCCAGGCGCGCCGCCAGCUCAGCCCCAGCGCUGCCGUCCCCCAGCUCUGCGUGGCGCUGGAGCAGCGCAGCGGCGACAAGGACCUGUGCAUCUGGAUUGUCAGAGUCCUCAGCAAACUUUCUACCUACAAUGACUUCUGUGCAGCUUUAGCAGACUGCUCCAGAUGUUACAUUGUAUUUUUAGCCCUGCUAAACAAAUACCAGAAGCAGCAGGAUUUGGUUAUCCGUAUCAUCUUCAUUCUUGGGAAUUUAACAGCAAGGAAUGACCAGUCCCGGGAGCAAUUUUUUAAAGAAAAAGGAAGUGUUAACACCUUGACAUCAUUAUUCCAAACCUACUAUGAACUUGAUUUGAAUGCACCGACAUGGCACCAUGAUAGAAAAGGAAAAAGCCAACCAAAGUAUCGUUCAGAAGCAGAAGAUGUUCUGAUAAAACUGAUCAGAGUGCUGGCCAACCUCUCCAUUCACCCUAGAGUAGGUGCAGCUCUGGCAGCUGCCCAUCCUCUUGUAGGAUUACUUGUUACAGUACUAGAAUACAAGUCAGUCGAUGAUUGUAAAGAGUUGGUCAUCAAUGCUGCAACAGCAAUCAACAAUUUGUCCUACUACCAAGUGGAGAAUUCUGCAGUUCAGGAGAAGCAGCUACACAUUGCUGAAAUGCUUUUAACGCUGUUAAUGAGUGACAACAUGGAUGCAGUUGUGGAGGCUGUCAGAGUCUUUGGCAAUCUUUCCCAGCAUCAUGAGAUCCGUGACUUCAUCAUGCAGAAAAAGAUAUACAAGUUUGUGAUUGCUUUGCUCGAUUCCAAGGACCGAGAGGUCUGUUUUGCUGCCUGUGGAGUUCUGCUCAAUCUCACAGUAGAUGAGAACAAACAAGCUUUUCUCAUGGAAGAAGGAGGAAUUGGAAAGUUGAUUGACUGCUUACAAGACUUUGGGCCAGCAGACUGGCAGCUCUCGUGUUUGAUCUGCAAAACCCUGUGGAACUACAGCGAGAACAUGGCAAGCACAGCCUCCUGCUUCGGAGGGAGCACCAACACCCUGCUGAUGCUGCUCACAGCACUUCUGGAUGAAGAGGUAGAGUUGGAGUGCAGCCUUGACAAAGCUAUAAAGGCCUGCCAAAGAGUAUAUUGGGAAAGAGAGUUCAAACCCGUGGCAGCAAAACUUCUUGACAGAAUUCAAAGCCAUCACUCUUCCAACUGAGUCUGUCACUCCAUUUUAAUCAGUCGGGGUGUUUUUAUCAGGUAAACCGUAUAUUUCUAAUAUACCUGUACAUUGCCAGUAGUAAGCUUGUUGGAGAGCAUGACUAUUCUACAAAAAAGUCAGAAAAGCCUGGCAUUUAUAUACUGGAUGCUGUCUUCUGAAGAGCUUGUAUGAAAUCUUUGCAUGUGUAAUUACUUUAUACAAUAUACCCGAGCUGAUGAAGCAGC